AUGUAUCGUGUUCUCGUCAUAUGUUUUAGCAGCCUAAAGCUUAAGCUUAUGGGCAGCAAUCGAUCAAGUAACUACAGCAAGAUCACGGGAGUCAUGAGUAACCUAAACCCGACCUCAGAGGACAUUGGUGAUGCCGCUGCGUUAGGUGAUCGGAUCUCCAAUGUAGAUUCGAGCCUGACUAAUCUCCAAGCCACAGCACCAGACCCAUCGGAGUUCCUCCGCGCAAACAGCUUACCCCAAAACGGCUCGACACCAAGCCUAUAA